AUGCCUCGGCUCCUGAGAGAUGUCCUCUGUGUAAUUGAGACGUUCCACAAGUAUUCUGGUGAGGACGGUGAUGGGGCAACACUGACCCGCAGAGAGCUGAGACAGCUCCUCCAGGGCGAGUUUGGGGACUUUCUUCAGCCAUAUGUCCUUCAUGCUGUGGAGAGAAAUUUGAAUCUUCUGGAUAUUGACGCUGAAGGUGCCACCAGUUUUGAUGAAUUUGUUCUUGCAGUCUUCAACUUGUUCAACCUCUGUUAUCUUGACAUACAAUCAUUAUUAAGUUUAAAACUAAAACAGAUAUCUAAGCCAGAGAAGGAGAAGCCAGGUGAUGUAUAUCUUCAGGAGACCACCAGAAAUGGCCAGGAGACAGUAGGAAUUUUGCCAACUCAAGAAAAGUUGAUGCUUCCUUCAGGAAUGGCGUCGUCAUAUCAGCUCAGCCCUGAAGAAAAUGGAGCUGUUGGACACAAUAGGGUAGACCCACAAGGAGAUGCCAAGACUCACAACCUGCAAGGAGAAGCAUCUGAGCACAAUGACCCUAAGAACCAACACUUGGAAGGAGAUGAACAGAGCCCAGAAGUGGCCCAAGAUGUAGCAGCAACAGAAGACAAUGGAGCCCAACUUAAGACAAAUAAGCCAAUGGCAGUAUCAAAACAAACCAGCAGUGCCACAGAGGGAGAGGCACAGGAUAAGGAGAUCCCUAGGGAGGGAGAUGAACCAGCCAGGGAGCAAGGUGGCACAAAGACAAGAGAUCAGUUUGGAGAACAGGAAGGAAACUUGGGAACCCAAAGUUCUCCACCAGAAGAAGCAACACACAGACCAUAUGAAGAUCAUGAAGUUAGAGCAGAAAAGGGUAUUAAGAAAUAUUCUAAAACACAAGAACCAGCCCUGCAAGAAGAGGAAUCCAGUUCAGAGCAUGCUGGCCUGCCAGAAAAAGCUGCUGCCAGGAAACCAUCUCAGACACAGAAAUCAACGGACCCUGAGGAUGAUAAUGGUAGUAGAACAUUUGAGAGUCAAGAACCAGGAAAGGAUGCCGACAGGACACCACCUGAGACAAAGAGUCCAGAUGAACCUGAGGACUAUGGUAGGAUAUCUGAGACUCAAGAAUCAUCAGCACACAAAAAAGAACACGAAACAAAGGACCUGACAGUCCAUGGUGGUAGCAGAAAUGUUUCAGAAACACCUGACAUGAGAGCUGAAAGGAAAGAGGGGAAUGGCCCUGAGGCUCAUGGAACAGCAGGGCAGAAAGAAAGUGACAGAAAAACUCAGCCACCAGCCCUGGAAUCCCAAACACAAGAUGGGAAGUAUCAGGAACUCCAAGGAUCAUCAAAAGGAAAAGAUGCUGAAAAAGGUUCUGAGACACAAGAUCUAAGCUCAGAAGGAGGAGAACAGAGUCACCCUGAAAUUGAAGGAGCAGAAGACCCAGGAGAAGAGGCAAGACUCACCGAGGAAGGUACAGCAGAAGCAUUUUUGAACAGGAAAAAUGGUCCUGCAGCAGAAGGAACACCAGGAGCAAGAGAAAGAACACAAGAGUCGGCACCACUUGAGAACCAGUCUGAAGGAGGAAACAGUACGGUCACCAACACUCAUGAUAGGCCAAUCAAGGAAGACGAUUGUUACCAGAGGGAGAAUCCUGAGUCGCCAGUCACACAGAAUGAUGAGGAGUCUUCCGAAACUCCCAACAGCCUGGCUCCAGAGAAAAGUAACAACAGCUCAGAGACAGGAGAACUGCCUAUACAAGGGGAUUCCCAGAGUCAGGUAGACCUGCAUGGAGAGUCUGCACAAGGAGGUCACAACAACCCAGAUAUCCAGAAACAGGGAGCACCAGGUAAGAGAAACAGAGCUCAGGAGGCAGUGGUGCUGGCACUCAGAGGAGAGGAUGUGCAGCUCACAGAGGAACAGGAACAGCCUGCCAAAGUAGAACACAAGAGUCAAGGCUCAGGGACCAAAGGCCCAGGUGCAGCUGUGGAGCCCGAUGGACACCCAGAGGCACAGGAGUCUAGAGUAGGAGGCGAAAAUAGAAAGUCCCCGAUGACAGAGAUCCCAGGUGCCCUGGAUGCAGACUUCCCUGAGCAGCUUUCCCAAGUGCAGUUCCCUGAGAAGGGAGACAGCAAAAACAAGUUACAUGGCCAGAGCCCAAGUACCAAAGAUGAGGAAGGUGAAGCUCCAGAGGCCCAGGAUGCUCUGUUAAAAAGUGUGGAUGAGGACAAUUCAGCCUCCCCCAAGACACACUUUGGACUGGAGGAACCUGUAACGUUGGAGGAGAAGGAUGAAAGUCUCCAAGAGCUGGCAGAAGAAGGUGAUGACCAACAAAUUCCAGUCAAAAAAGAGUACAGUUCUUCAGUCCCCCAGUCAAGUCUGAAGAGGAUGCAGAAAGACCAAGAUCCCUGUUCUGUGGAGAGGAGUGCAGUUCAUUCUACUCUACUGUACCAUUACCUACAGGAGAAGGUACUGCAGCAAACAAAUAUAACCCAAGAGAAGGAUCAAAAUCAAGCUCAGACAGCCCGAGCAUCGGGCCCGGAGAUUUGCAAUGACCAGUCAAGGGCCUCUGUCACUGGUGAGACCUCAGAUUGUCCUGUCUUUUUCAACCACAGCCAAGCAUCACAACAGUACAGCAGGAACCUUCUGCCUAAAGAGGCCCCUGCUGGUGCACAGCAAACAUCAGUUCCCUAGGCCUUGGAAGAUAAGCAGGGUCACCCUCAGAGACAGGACCCAGUACCCCAAAGGGAGGCAAGCACCACAAAGCAAUGA